AUGACCAAUAACAGACCGACUGUCAACAUGGGAGGAAAUAACCAGGGGAUAAACGACAAUGAUCCACAAGUCAUAUACAGUGGCAUAUGGGCCCAGAUCCAGUUUACGGAUCCACAGAAUCUUCCAGAGACAUUUCACUCCACCGGAGACAGUGGCUCAAGUAUAUCUGUGGAAUUCAAUGGCAGUCGGAUUAGAGUCACAGGCAUAGUUCCGCCAGGUCAGGAUAACAUAACUGCCAAGUAUUCAAUCGAUGGCGGCCACCCAGUCAUGAGUCCAGUACCUAUUAUCUCACAAAGCACCCCAUUAUUGUACCAGCAAUUCUUUAUGUCCCAGAAUCUAUCCGACGGACUUCACAAUAUCACCAUUGACGUCGUGGAAACAGGCCCUAGCCGGAAUUACUCCUUUCAAUCUUUACAAGUCUUCUCGGAUAUAGAUAAGGAUGGUUCAAGAAGCAAUGAUCCCGUCGGGCAUGGCAUAAACGCUGCGGCCAUUGUUGGUGGCAUAUUAGGGACUGUCAUAUUUUUGCUUUUGUGCCUUCUCGGGGCAUUCUACGCUUGGAAAAGGAGAGGGUUAGCUCGAACGUCUGGCAACGGCCAAGACUGGCUGUCGUACAUGCCGUACCACGCCCGGUCUGUAUCUGAGGGAAGCCUGAGAGAGAAAGCAUAUUACACGCCUGAAGCUUCUGUGAUCGACACAGAUUCAAAAUUCACUUUCGCGAGGCAUGGAGGUACAUCCACUAAUCCUACGCGAUCAUGGGUGUCAGUCGACAUGCCGCCGAGUGUGCCGCAGAGCGCCGUUGUCAACAAUCACAUUUCUGGCUGGUCAUCUUACAAAGGCUCAAGUGUGCUCGUCGAUCAACCACAAGUCGAACGGUCGCGAUUCUCGCCUUACACUACGACAACGUUUUCUCCUAUGGCCUUCAGGGAAUCGACCCUGCUCCCUGAAGUGAGUCGUUCGGUAGGAAGGGUUGAGACGCUGGCAUCCUCCGAGGCGCCUGGUCCUUAUGAAAGCCGCAAGUUGUAG